GGAUUCCACAUCCUUGCUCCUGAUUUCCGAGCUGCGUGCGGCUGUCGGGCGAUUGUCCUUCCUGCGUCUGCAGCGAGGGCGUGGUCGCUGCGGGCCGGGCCCCGGGGCAUCCUCGGUCAUGGCCGGGCCACGGGUGGAGGUGGACGGCGGGAUCUUGGAAGGGGGCGGCCAGAUCCUCAGGGUCUCCACCGCCCUGAGCUGUCUCCUGGGUCUCCCGUUGAGGGUGCAGAAGAUCCGCGCGGGCCGCAGCACCCCGGGCCUGAGGCCUCAACAUUUAUCUGGAUUGGAAGUGGUUCGAGAUCUGUGUGACGGACACCUGGAGGGGGCGGAAAUCGGCUCAACAGAAAUAACCUUUACACCCAAGGAGAUCAGAGGCGGAACCCACACGGCGGAUACCAAGACCGCGGGGAGUGUGUGCCUCUUGAUGCAGGUUUCCAUGCCCUGUGUCCUGUUCGCUGCCUCUCCGUCGGAGCUCCGGCUGAAAGGCGGCACAAACGCGGAGAUGGCUCCACAGAUCGACUACACCAUGAUGGUUUUCAAGCCAAUCGUUGAAAAAUUUGGUUUCAAGUUUAAUUGUGACAUUAAAAUGAGGGGCUAUUACCCAAAGGGGGGUGGUGAGGUGAUCCUCCGAAUGUCACCGGUUAAGCAGUUGGAUCCAAUAAAUUUAACUGAUCGUGGCUCGGUGACCAAGAUCUAUGGAAGAGCUUUUGUUGCCGGUGUUUUGCCACUUAAAGUAGCAAAAGACAUGGCAGCGGCGGCUGUUCGGUGCAUCCGGAAGGAGCUGAGGGACCUGUACGUCAACAUCCAGUCUGUCCAGGAACCGAAGGACCAGGCGUUUGGCAACGGCAGUGGGAUAAUCAUCGUGGCUGAGACCUCCACUGGCUGUUUGCUUGCUGGAUCAGCGCUUGGAAAACGAGGUGUGAAUGCAGACAAGGUAGGCAUUGAUGCUGCCGAGAUGCUGUUAGCAAAUCUUCGACAUGGUGGGGCCGUGGAUGAGUGCCUACAAGACCAGUUGAUCAUUUUCAUGGCAUUAGCCAAUGGAGUUUCCAGAAUAAAAACAGGACCAGUUACACUCCAUACGCAAACCGCUAUACAUUUUGCUGAACAGCUGGCAAAGGCCAAGUUCACUGUGAAGAAGUCGGAGGAUGAGGAAGACGCCUCUAAAGACACGUACGUGAUCGAGUGUGAAGGAAUUGGGGUGACAAACCCAAGCCUGUAGGCCUCAGGGCUGUGUCGCCCCCUCAUCACCCGCCUCACAGCGCAUGAGAACUCCCUGAAGGACCUGGAUGCUGCGCCGCCUCCGACCACCUCGCCUCGCCUGUCUCCUGAGGGAUGUAAGAGGUCAUGGAGACGGUGGCACCGAUUUCAGUAUGAAAGUCUUGAAAUAAACGGUUCUUCAUACACAGAAUAAAUGUUUUCUGUUUCGUGUAAUCAGUUAA